AUGGCUACCUCAACCAGAAUCUACCCCGUCUCCUCACUGGUCGGCUUUUUGACUCUGUCAUGGUUCUUGUACAAAGCCGUAGAGCUCGUCCGAUUCCUCUUGCAUUCUUCCAAGCUUUCUCGCUAUCAACAUACCACGAGUGGAGGGAAAUCAUGGGCCCUCGUCACCGGCGCCAGUGACGGCAUCGGCAAAGGCUUUGCCCAGGAGCUAUGUAGCCGAGGCUUCAAUGUCGUGCUGCACGGUCGCAAUGAGAAGAAGCUAGCUGGGGUGAAAGAUGAAUUGGAAAAGGAAUUCAAAUGCGAAAUACGCCUUCUCGUCCUCGACGCUGCCGCCGAUUGGAACCCUACAUCCGAAUCGACGGUCCUGGCAGUGCUCAAAGACCUCACCUUGACCGUCGUAGUGAACAAUGUCGGCGGCUCGGGAGGCAUUCGACCGGACUGGGCAGCCUUGACGGAAAUAUCAGCCGCCGACCUCGACACCUGGAUCAACCUUAACACCCGCUUCAUGUCGCAGAUUACUCGCCUCGUUUUGCCCUUGCUUGCUCAAAACCAACCCGCCUUGAUACUCAACGUCAGCAGCGCCUCCGAACAAGUGCCGACCCCCUACCUCGUCGCGUACGCAGCUGCGAAAGCCUACGUUUCCCGCUGGUGUGUCUCUCUCAAUUGUGAGAUGGUCGCGGAGAACCUGGAUGUGGAAAUUAAGUCGUUGGACCUAGGAAUGGUCGUCACUGCUGGUGCGGAGAGGGAUGACAGUAUGCUCAGCCUGUUCAUGCCGAGUGCGAGGACUGUGGCGAAGACGUCGCUGGAUAAAGUCGGCUGUGGGCAUGUUGUGGUUACGCCGUAUUGGCCGCAUAUCUUGCAAUUUGGGGUGUUGAGUGCGCUCCCGGAUUGGAUUCUGCAGAAAAUGGUCAUAAAGAUCACGAAAGAUGAGAUGGUGAGGAUGAGGAAGACGGGAGUAGGUAAGUAG